AUGCCCGACUCAGACGACGCCCUGCUAGCCAGAUUAAACGCUCUGCGAAAGUCUCCCGUCACACUAACCAAAACGACCUCCCUGGACCUUCCAGCAACAGCACAACGAACCACAGACUCAGACCUAUCGGCGCGAUUCCGCAGCCUGACGCCCAACAGCACCAUCGCAUCCCCAUUCCAAGAGUCAGAAGAUACAGAGCACAACGAAGAAGAUGACAGGACCAUCGAAGAGUUAUUGCAAGAUCUAGGGCCGGAAGAACAAUGGUCUGUCCAGCGUGAUGAGGGCGAGCGGAUCCGCGACUUGAUGGCUGAAGCCAAGAGUGCUCUUCCUGUUGAAGACACAGAGAAAGAGGAGGGUAAAGAUGUGGAUAUUGAAGUUGGAGUCAUUGAACCUGAUCACGAUGAUGAAGAAGAUGACGCGGACAAAGAGCGCAAUGAGGACAAGAGAGAUGACGAGGAAGCCGAUGAUUACGUGCAGCGCGUGCUCGCCGAGCUUGCGUUGGAGAAGAAAUAUGGCGGCUCCGAAGAUGAGGAAAAUGCAGAUGACGGACAGAAGGAAGAUGACGACAAUGGACUAUCUCUACCUUCGGCGCCUACUGAGCUGCCAUCAUCACCUGCCCCUGACCAGGACGCCAGCAUUGACGAUGCGCUCUCGGCACGUUUUGCUUCCCUGUCGCUACCUGGAGUGCCUUCUUUCAAUCCGGCGAAGAAGCCUGUCAACAUCCAGAAGAGCGUCAAGUCCAACUUGCCCAAAUACACAGAUGAAGACAUGGAGAGCUGGUGCUGCAUCUGCAACGAAGACGCCACUGUAAAAUGCAUGGGCUGCGAUGGCGAUCUAUACUGCCAGGAAUGCUGGAGAGACGGUCACGGAAAUGGACCUGGUCAAGAAAGAGGCCACAGAGCACUUGCUUACGCCAAAGACGCUUCCUGA